AUGGAUUUACCAACUCCUGAAACGCCAGACUCGACGGGCAAAAGAAAACCCCGAACAUGUCCUCACUGUAAGCGUCAUUUUCGCCGCCACGAACACCUCCAACGGCACAUUCGGAUUCAUACGAAUGAAAAGCCAUACAGAUGUACCUGUGGCGCUUCCUUCGGCCGGCGUGAUCUAUUGAAACGCCAUGAGGACAUUGGCCAUUCUCCAACUCCUCCAACGCAGCAACCAUCGCCUGUGACUGGUCAUAGUAAUCAGAGUCUCCCAUCACCAGUGAAUGAUGCCUCCGCCGGUAAUUCAAACACAUCAUUUUGGGGGCUUCCUGACCUCCAAGGAGCUGGUGUGUCCGCUCCAAUUGAUUCGCAGGGACAAUUUUCAGGCUAUCCAUUUGAAGGGGAUUCAUUGUUCAAUGCCCAAGAUCUUUUGGUUUUACAAGACUUGGAGUCCUUCAGUCAUAAUACAGGCCUCAACAAUGAGUGGACUCUCCCCUCUGAGCCCAGCAUCGUACAGAUUCUUGCCGGGGAAUCCAAUAUGCACCCUACUUAUGUCGGAAGCGCCGGAUAUACGUUACAAGAACAACCUUCUUCGCAACCAGAUCAGUCUCUUAGCCAGCUUCCCAUUGAAAGAGAGUCAGUCGCCGAGUUUGGAGUUUUAACAUUACCUAUUCUGAGAAUCACUGAUGAACACCGGAAUCGUCUUCUACGGGCUGUAAGUCAAUCUGGUACGGCAGUGGCUGACGCUCUAUUCCCAUCAUGUCAUUCACUCACUCGAUUUGUGAAUGGAUUCUUCGAUGGUUUCUAUCCUCAUAUGCCAGUCGUCCACAUUCCGACAUUUAGAGUGGAUAACUGUGAGCCGGAAAUUAUCUUAGCCAUGGCUGCGCUUGGUGCCCAGUAUCGGCAUGAGCAUCGAAAAGCAGUCCUGCUAUUUUAUGCGGCGAAAUCAACCUUAAAACACCGUGAAACGCAAAACGGCUGUGAAGGUUUAUCCGAGAGAGAAUUGAUGCUUCAGACACGGUGUGCUUUUUACCUGAUUGCUUUUGCAACUUGGCAGCGUGAGCCCGACAUUGUACGGGAAGCAUUCAACCUUCAGAGCUUUGUCGCAAGCGACACCCAGGCAUUAAACUCCCAACCUGUACCAUCCCCUUUGGCAAACUACAUUCUUCUACAUGCCUUAAUCCAGAGAAUUACACUUGUGCAGCAAGCAUUUGGCUCAUACAAUGAUGCGAAUGACACCUUACUCAAUGGCCAAAAAGAGGUCAUCCGAAACGCCCUCCACGCGUGGACAUCCCAAUGGCAACGAGCCCCCGAAUCAAGCCUCGACCCCCGCAAUCCCAACGGCCCAGUCACAUUCACCUCCACGGCAUUACUGGGACUAGCAAAAGGAGACCGCUUGAUGAGCAUGAGAGUCGCUUGA